AUGGGUUCGAGCCUUGCUACCGGCCAUAUCUCUUUAUGUGAGAACGGUUGGCAGAUUCUUACGGAGGACGGGAGCCUUGUACUGGUUCUUCCCAGGAGCGAUGGUUGGGUUGAAAAAGCCCUGGCUGCUACUACCACUGAUCCCGCUACUGCUUCUACUAAUGAUCCUAGUGCUGCUGCUGCUACUACUAUUGAUCCCACUACUGUUGCUACUACCACUGAUCCCACUACUGCUUCUAGUACUGAUCCUACUGCUGCUGCUGCUACUACUGAUCCCACUACUGUUGCUACUACCGCUGAUCCCACUACUGCUUCUAGUACAGAUCCCACUGCUGCUGCUGCUACUACUGAUCCAACUACUGCUACUACUUCUAAUCCCACUGCUGCUAAUGCUACUAAUACUGAUCCUACUGCUGCUGCUGCUACUGAUCCCACUACUGGUAGUACUAUAGUUACUGAUCCCACUGCUGCUGCUGCUACUACUGAUCCAACUACUGCUACUACUUCUAAUCCCACUGCUGCUAAUGCUACUAAUACUUAUCCUACUGCUGCUGCUGCUACUGAUCCCACUACUGGUAGUACUAUAGUUACUGAUCCCACUGCUGCUGCUACUACUAUUGAUCCCACUACUGCUUCUAGUACUGAUCCCACUGCUGCUGCUGCUACUACUGAUCCCACUACUGUUGCUACCACCACUGAUCUCACUACUACUUCUAGUACUGAUCCCACUGCUGCUGCUGCUACUACUGAUCCCACUACUAACUGA